CUCUCUUUUUUUUCCCUCAUAACGAAAUGGAAACAAGUUUAGUCAUUCAUGUUCGAUCCCCUUCGCUGAACGAAACAUUAAUUGUAACCACUAAUUUGAGUGCAACUGUACUAUCCUUGAAAGAAUCUAUUGAACCUAUACAUCCUCACCACCCUACUGUUGAAAACCAACGUAUCAUUUACAGUGGAAAAUUACUGCAAGACACCGAAUUACUUUGUAACAUUGUUAAAAAUGUUGAUGAUGAAGUAGCUCCAAUCUUUCAUUUAGUUGUGAAACCUUCUCUCCAAUCUAUUUCACAGUCAAUUCCUGCACCAGUUCCACCUCCCAUUCCAGAGCCAGUUGUCAGUGAGACUUUGCCACAGAAUAAUACCACCAUGCCCGCUUAUCCCCCUGUUUUACCUGGUGGUUAUCAAGUUGUAGUUAUAAAUGGCCAAUAUUACCUCGCUCCUGUCCUAGUAGCCUCUCAGCCAUUACCUCAGUUUCAACCACAUGCUUCCUUUUACCAACAACCUACCACUCAUUACCCAACACAACAAGGACAGCAAACACAAACUUCACCAGCUUCACCGCCACCAACAACACAGUUCCAACCUGCGCAGCAGUUCCAACCUGCACAAUUUCCUCAACCGGCACAAUUCCCUCAACCUGCACAAUUUCCCCAGCCUGCACAAUUUCCCCAGCCUGCUCAAGAACCUGCCCAAGCACAAGGUCCAGCGUUAGUCCGCCCAGCUAAUGUUCAGCGUGCCACAACCAUUUGGCUUGCAUUAAAAUUGGCUGUAGUUCUAUUUAUGCUGUGCCAAGGCGCAAGUAUUGAAAGAAUAUUUAUAUUUCAUAUCAUCGCAUUUGUUUUCUUUUUGUAUCAAACUGGCAGAUUAAGAUUUGUACUUCGUCGUGUACGCGUAGAGGAUAUCAAUAAUCGAUUUAGACCUAUGGCUCAGCGAGCUCCACCUCCAAUUCCAACACAGGCAGUUCCACAAGGACCCGCUACCUUGAUUGAUACCGUGAAAAGAGGUGCAUACACAUUUUUUGCAUCUUUAUGGCCUACUUAUAAUCAAGAUCCUGCUCAGGCAGCAGAUAACAAUGAACAAAGAGAAGGGUUGGAAGAAUUUUAGGGAGUGUAUUUAAAAAUUGAAUAAAAGAUAACUAUGAUUUUUUCGUUUGAAACAAUAAAUCACAUUUUAUACAUGUA